AUGGCAAAUAAUUCAUUUGAUAAUAUAAAGAAUUCUUUAUUAAUCAGUAAAGAACACAUUAAACUUGAAGAAGAGUUACAUACAGAAUUAAAUAUUAAAGAUGAAACGUUAGAUGACAAUGUUGUAAUAGAAGUUGGACGAAUUAAAAAUGAAAACCCAGAAGAAUGCUGCAAUGAUAGUGUUAUAAAUGAAAUAUUAGAUGAAACUAUUUUAAUGGAAGGUGGACACAUUACAAAUGAAGAAGAAGGCAGCAAUGAUAGUGAUAGUGUUGUGAGUGUAAAACAUGAACUUGAGAAACCAUUUUCAUGUGAUGUUUGUAAUAAAAGAUUUACUCAGAAAAGUAAUUUAGUUUUACAUAAACGUAUUCACAGCGGAGAAAAACCAUUUUCAUGUGAUGUUUGUAAUAAAACAUUUACUCAGCAAAGUAGUUUAGUUAAACAUAAACGUAUUCACACCGGAGAGAAACCAUUUUCAUGUGAUGUUUGUAAUAAAACAUUUAAUCAGAAAGGUGAUUUAGUUGUACAUAAACGUAUUCACACCGGAGAGAAA